AUGGCUUUCUUAAUGAAAAGCAUGUUGAGCAACCAGGUAAAGAAUUUAGGACUUGGUGGUGGAGGUGAGGAAAGCAAAGAAGAAAGUGGUCCUUCCGACCCAGCUGCAGCAGCAGGAAUGACUAGAGAGGAAUAUGAGGAAUAUCAAAAGCAAAUUGUUGAGGAGAAGAUGGAGAGAGAUGCAGCGUUUGCACAAAAAAAGGCAGAGAGAGCUUGUCUGAGGGUUCAUCUGAGAGAAAAGUACAGGCUUCCUAAGAGUGAAAUGGAUGAGAACCAGAUACAAAUGGCUGGUGAUGAUGUGGAUUUACCAGAAGACCUCCAGAAAAUGGUGGCAGAGGAUCAAGUAGAAGAAGAAGACAAGGAGUCUAUCCUUGGACAGUUACAGAACAUUCAGAAUAUGGAUAUAGACACUAUUAAAGAAAAAGCUCAAGCCACUUUCACUGAAAUAAAGCAAGCAGCCGAACAGAAAUGUUGUGUCAUGUGAAAGAGAAAUCAGAGCUUGAGAGUUUUUGCGAAUCAUGUGAAUUUAAUAUUGUAUCAUGGGAGUUGCUGGACGGUACAAGCAAAAUUGAUGGCAUGCCAUAUAGUUCCAAAGCAAUAUGUGUACAUAUGAGAGAGAGAGACUUCUAAACCUCCAGAUUUAAAUCAAUGUAGGCAAUGUACCUGCUUAAAUAGCACUAAUCUAGAGCUGGUCAGCAUUUUUCAAACAAAGUUUUUCCAUGGAAA